GAUUCGAUCUUGUUUAAGCAUGCUUUCUUGAUUUGCUGGGAGGUUUUUCGAUUGGAGCUUCGUUACUGUGUCUGUGUGUGUGUGAGAGAGAGACCAGGAUCUCUGCCUUCUGGGCGGCAGCAUUGAUGAUUAGCUUGUCUCCGUUGAUUGGUGGUAGCUUGUGUGAUCCACAUUUCUGAAUUUCCGGCGACACGCACGGUUGCCAUCACCGUUCGACCUGCUGAUUCAUUCCUGCGACUGCGAGUGCUGUUUCCUUGUCGUUUAAAUGGGCAAUUCGGUUGCGGAUUAGGAUUCUCCGGGGGUAGAUGUGUGGUGCCAUCUGCAUUUAUGACGGAAUAUCGUCCAGGCAACUAGUACCACAAUUCUAGCAGAGAUUAUAAAUAUUCAGAAAUGGGUGCCAAAGAUAAUGGGGAAGUAAGAGACGAGAAGGGGGUUGGAUCAGAUUAUGAACCGGCCAGAGUUUCAGGAGUUUCCAAGAAACUCAUGAGAAAGGAUACAAGAGAAAAUAGCCCUCGCAUGGCAAAAAGCAGUGGCAGCCGUCAAGUUCAGAACAAGCUGCAACAUAAAGCUUCAAACAACAUUCAGAGUAGAUCUCCAAAACCCAGGAAAGUUGUUAACGCUGCGAAAUCUGCUGAAGUUAGAAGGUCAGAUACUGUAAGAGUUCCUUCUCGUGCUCCAUCAGAGCUUUCUGAGGAAACAGACGAUAUAGUUAGCGAGGCUGGAACCGUUGAUGAUAGUAAAGGCAAUGAAGAGGCCAAGGAGAUUGAUGUGCUAGAUGAAGCUCCACAUUGUGAUCAGAGCACUGGUACUGACGAUGAAAUUCCUGAAAUUGAAGAAAAGAUAGUUGAUGAUGAGAAACCAGUUGUGUAUCAAAGGAAUGAGGAGUUACAAUCAAAGAUUGACAAGUUGGAACAAGAACUUCGUGAAGUUGCUGCGCUCGAAGUUUCCCUCUACUCUGUAUUGCCUGAGCACGGAAGUUCGGCACAUAAGCUGCAUACCCCAGCUCGGCGUCUUUCUAGGAUGUACAUUCAUGCAUCAAAGUUUUGGUCCUCAGAUAAGAUAGCUUCGGUGGCAAAAAGCACUGUGUCUGGCCUAGUGCUUGUUGCGAAAUCAUGCAGUAACGAUGCAUCAAGAUUGACAUUCUGGCUGUCCAAUACAGUUGUGCUAAGGGAGAUAAUUGCACAAACUAUUGGUAUCUCAUGCCAAUCGUCUUCAACCAUUACAGCCAUCAACAUGAAUGGUAGUGCAAAAAGUCUUGAUGGGAGAUCGAUGCCAAUGCUAUGGACAAAUAGCUCCAGUGGCAAACAAACCAAAUUUACUGGCAUGCAGGUACCGGAUGAUUGGCAUGAAACAAGUACACUUUUGGCUGCAUUGGAGAAGAUUGAAUCAUGGAUAUUUUCUCGGAUAGUAGAAACAGUGUGGUGGCAGGCACUAACUCCUCACAUGCAAACUCCGGUGGAAGGAUCGUCAACCCCAAAGACUGGGAGAGUGUUAGGUCCUUCUUUGGGUGAUCAGCAGCAAGGCACCUUUUCUGUUAACCUGUGGAAGGCUGCAUUUCACGAUGCAUUCAACAGAAUAUGCCCCCUCCGUGCUGGUGGACAUGAAUGUGGCUGUUUACCAGUAUUGGCAAAAUUGGUGAUGGAGCAAUGUGUAGGCCGUUUAGAUGUUGCAAUGUUUAAUGCAAUCCUUCGUGAAUCGGCUAGUGAGAUACCCACUGAUCCUAUAUCUGACCCAAUUGUUGACCCAAAAGUCCUGCCGAUUCCAGCUGGUGAUCUAAGCUUUGGGUCAGGCGCUCAGCUGAAGAAUUCUAUCGGAAAUUGGUCGAGAUGGUUAACAGAUAACUUUGGAAUCGACGCUGAUGACUCAGAGGAGGAUGGUACCGACACAGGAAGUGAAAGAAGUGCAGCUGAAUCAAAGUCUUUUCAACUGCUUAAUGAAUUGAGUGAUCUCCUUAUGCUCCCAAAGGACAUGCUUAUAGAAAAAUCUAUCAGGAAAGAGAUCUGCCCUUCGAUUGGCCUCCCGUUAGUAACAAGAAUCCUAUGCAACUUCACUCCUGAUGAGUUCUGUCCUGAUCCUGUUCCUAGCAUAGUCCUAGAGGAGCUGAAUUCUGAGAGUUUGCUGGAGCGAUGCACCGACAAAAGUGCAACCAGCGCAUUUCCAUGUAUCGCUGCUCCUGUUGUGUACCGCCCUCCAUCCCUACUGGAUGUGGCAGAGAAAGUGGCGGACACUGGUGGCAAUGCAAAGCUAGACAGGAGAGCGUCAAUGGUCCAGAGGAGAGGAUACACCAGUGAUGAUGAUCUGGAUGACCUGGAUUCUCCCCUCGCAUCCCUUAUCGACAAAAGCGCUCCGCCUUUGCUGUCUAAAGGUAGCGCGCAUUUUACUGCUCAAAGAGGAGUUUCCAUGGAGAAUGCCAGAUACACAUUCCUGAGAGAGGUAUGGUUGGAGAGGCAGUGAUUGGUGAACCUGUACAAAUCCAGAAUCUCUUCUUUAGCUACCUUAAAAAGGGUUGGGAAGGAAAACCUGCUGAGGUGAAACCUUUGAGAGAAGUUGCUCACUUGCAGAGCUAGUUAACUAAACAAGAAUGGCUACUGUCAAAAUGCAAACAAUUUCGUGUACAUUCAUAUACAUAUGUUGUUCGUUUGUAGUAUAAUAGAAGCAAGCCAGAAAUGAACUUUCUCUGUUGUCUGUUGAAACUAAAGAAUGUGAUGUCCCAUGGGAAACGAAAAGAUGUUCUACCUGGACAACAUUAUGUAGGCCAGAUUCUGAUGCAUGAUUUGUCAACAGUACUAUUGUAUAUAGUUUUUCUUCUUACCGACAAAUCUGAUAAUGACUGGAAGACA